GGGAGAAGGAGAAGGCAAAGAAAAGGAACGGACAUUCGGUCCUUGCGCCAGGUCCUUUGACCAGAGUUUUUCCAUGUGGACGCUCUUUCAAUGGACGUGUCCCCGCGUGCUUCUUAGACGGACUGCGGUCUCCUAAAGGUCGACCAUGGUGGCCGGGACCCGCUGUCUUCUAGCGUUGCUGCUUCCCCAGGUCCUCCUGGGCGGCGCGGCUGGCCUCGUUCCGGAGCUGGGCCGCAGGAAGUUCGCGGCGGCGUCGUCGGGCCGCCCCUCAUCCCAGCCCUCUGACGAGGUCCUGAGCGAGUUCGAGUUGCGGCUGCUCAGCAUGUUCGGCCUGAAACAGAGACCCACCCCCAGCAGGGACGCCGUGGUGCCCCCCUACAUGCUAGACCUGUAUCGCAGGCACUCGGGUCAGCCGGGCUCACCCGCCCCAGACCACCGGUUGGAGAGGGCAGCCAGCCGAGCCAACACUGUGCGCAGCUUCCACCAUGAAGAAUCUUUGGAAGAACUACCAGAAACGAGUGGGAAAACAACCCGGAGAUUCUUCUUUAAUUUAAGUUCUAUCCCCACGGAGGAGUUUAUCACCUCAGCAGAGCUUCAGGUUUUUCGAGAACAGAUGCAAGAUGCUUUAGGAAACAAUAGCAGUUUCCAUCACCGAAUUAAUAUUUAUGAAAUCAUAAAACCUGCAACAGCCAACUCGAAAUUCCCCGUGACCAGACUUUUGGACACCAGGUUGGUGAAUCAGAAUGCAAGCAGGUGGGAAAGUUUUGAUGUCACCCCCGCUGUGAUGCGGUGGACUGCACAGGGACACGCCAACCAUGGAUUCGUGGUGGAAGUGACCCACUUGGAGGAGAAACAAGGUGUCUCCAAGAGACAUGUUAGGAUAAGCAGGUCUUUGCACCAAGAUGAACACAGCUGGUCACAGAUAAGGCCAUUGCUAGUAACUUUUGGCCAUGAUGGAAAAGGGCAUCCUCUCCACAAAAGAGAAAAACGUCAAGCCAAGCACAAACAGCGGAAACGCCUUAAGUCCAGCUGUAAGAGACACCCUUUGUACGUGGACUUCAGUGACGUGGGGUGGAAUGACUGGAUUGUGGCUCCCCCGGGGUAUCACGCCUUUUACUGCCACGGAGAAUGCCCUUUUCCUCUGGCUGAUCAUCUGAACUCCACUAAUCAUGCCAUUGUUCAGACGUUGGUCAACUCUGUUAACUCUAAGAUUCCUAAGGCGUGCUGUGUCCCGACAGAACUCAGUGCUAUCUCGAUGCUGUACCUUGACGAAAAUGAAAAGGUUGUAUUAAAGAACUAUCAGGACAUGGUUGUGGAGGGUUGUGGGUGUCGCUAGUACAGCAAAAUUAAAUACAUAAAUAUAUAUAUAUAUAUAUAUUUUAGAAAAAAGAAAAAAACAAACAAAAAAACCCCACCCCAGUUGACACUUUAAUAUUUCCCAAUGAAGACUUUAUUUAUGGAAUGGAAUGGAAAAAAAACAGCUAUUUUGAAAAUAUAUUUAUAUCUACGAAAAGAAGUUGGGAAAACAAAUAUUUUAAUCAGAGAAUUAUUCCUUAAAGAUUUAAAAUGUAUUUAGUUGUACAUUUUAUAUGGGUUCAACCCCAGCACAUGAAGUAUAAUGGUCAGAUUUAUUUUGUAUUUAUUUACUAUUAUAACCACUUUUUAGGAAAAAAAUAGCUAAUUUGUAUUUAUAUGUAAUCAAAAGAAGUAUCGGGUUUGUACAUAAUUUUCCAAAAAUUGUAGUUGUUUUCAGUUGUGUGUAUUUAAGAUGAAAAGUCUACAUGGAAGGUUACUCUGGCAAAGUGCUUAGCACAUUUGCUUUUUUGCAGUGCUACUGUUGAGUUCACAAGUUCAAGUCCAGAAAAAAAAAGUGGAUAAUCCACUCUGCUGACUUUCAAGAUUAUUAUAUUAUUCAAUUCUCAGGAAUGUUGCAGAGUGGUUGUCCAAUCCAUGAGAAUUUACAUCCUUAUUAGGUGGAAUAUUUGGAUAAGAACCAGACAUUGCUGAUCUAUUAUAGAAACUCUCCUCCUGCCCCUUAAUUUACAGAAAGAAUAAAGCAGGAUCCAUAGAAAUAAUUAGGAAAGCGAUGAACCUGCAGGAAAGUGAAUGAUGGUUUGUUGUUCUUCUUUCCUAAAUUAGUGAUCCCUUCAAAGGGGCUGAUCUGGCCAAAGUAUUCAAUAAAACGUAAGAUUUCUUCAUUAUU